AUGAGCAGCCCCAGGGCGCCUCCGGAAUCGAUGGAGAUUGACCCGACCCCCACCUCCCCAAAGGCGUCAUCGCCCACGACAGGGAGACAACUUGACAACCUCGACAGGUUGACGGCACCAAUUGAGGUGACUCUGCAGAUCCCUCAUUCUGUGACCGAUACAUUGUCGCUCAAGUCUUCGAUCUUUAAUUACAAAUGGGAAUAUGGCCGACGGUACCACGCCUUCGAGGAAGGCACAUACUGGGCCCCGAAUGACGAACGACAACAAGAGGCGGAAGAUAUGGUUCACGAGAUGUAUCGCAUUGUACUAGAAGGCAGGCUUACAUUGGCCCCAGAUGAAAACCUGCAGCACGUCCUUGACGUAGGUUGCGGAACAGGAGUGUGGGCAAUAGUGGCGGUGCGUAGCGAGUUCGCCGACGAACAUCCUGAAGUCGAGGUCAUUGGCGUUGAUCUUUCACCCAUCCAGCCACCCUUUGUACCACCCAACUGUAGAUUUGAGGUUGAUGACAUCAACAAGAGAUGGACCUACCCUAAGAACUAUUUUGACUUGGUCCACAUUCGGUCAAUGAGUGGUUGCGUUCCAGAUUGGGUCGCGUUCUAUAAGAAGGUUCUGAAACAUCUUAAACCUGGAGCGUGGAUUGAGCAUGUUGAGCUCUCCGGCGUAGCGCAAUGCGACGACGAUACAUUACCUCCAGGCUCAGCACAAAGGAGAUGGAUACAAGUGUUCAAACAAAUUGGAGAAGCCAUUGGACGGCCAUUCGAUAUAGCCGAGACGGCCGGAGACUUGAUCCGAGAAGCAGGCUUUGUUAACGUUCAUGAAUGGAGGUUAAAGAUACCCAUCGGAACGUGGCCGAAAGACAAAGAGCUGAAGCAGUGGGGUGCUUGGAAUAGGCUGUUCCUGCUUCAAGGGCUCGAGGGCUUUUCCAUAAAAGGCUUGACAGAUGCCUUGGGCUGGUCGUAUGAACAGGCCCAGCUGUACCUCGCCGAGCUUCGGAAAGAGGUUACCGACGAUGGCAUUCACUCCUAUAUAGAUAUGCUCAUCAUUGACGCCCAGAAGGCGGAUGAAACUACCGCGUAG